AUGGUUAAAUCAGAUGUGCACAUAGACUGCCACUAUGUGCACUAUACAUGCAACGGAGAAGGCUGUGAAACCCGGCAAUUUCCUGUCGGCGAGCUCCAAAAGCACCUCAAGGAGUACCACAACCAUCGGCGUAUAACUCUCUCGAUCAGCGACAACCCGAUACCCGAGGACAUUGUUGAACAGCUCGGAGCGGGAUUACAGGCUUUGGCUCUUAUCCCUACCCCGACUGGCACAAGCCCCCUCCUGGAAUUCGAGUACUAUCUCGGGUCCCGCUAUAUCCACUGCCGAAGCCCAGAGUGCCGAGCCAACUCACGACUCUUCCUGGUUGAUCUCGGUAACCAUGUCAGGGAAAAGCACCCGUAUCCGGCUGUAAAUUGCACAGUGAGGACUAGGAAUGGCUUUCUCCUCAGCAGUGCCUUGAAACAGGACAUUAUCGAUCUAGGCAACCGCUUUACCGGCGGGAUGACCUACGCCGGGGGCUCUUCCGGGGCAGCUCCUGUCGUAAAACCUGUGCAAGCUGCCUCGGACAACACUUUACCACCCAUUAUGCAGGUAACCCGUCGUUCAGGCUCAUUGAGUUUCUUGUUGAAUCCCGACGACGACAUCAAACCUGGGCUCCCUCCGUCCCCGCCGACGGUUUCCCCGAGCUCGGUCAGUGACGAGGAGUUAGAAACUGCCUCAAUACUGCUCGAAUUUGCACAAAAAUGA